AUGCCACUUGCUGAACUCAUAGGAUUCAACCGCGAUCCACAGUCCAAUAAAUUCAUGCGCCUGAUCAGACAACACAAUGCUCUCUUUGCUUUCACUUCUCUUGGCAUAAAUAUUGACAAGUCAAUCAAUACUGGUGACGGCCCAUAUGUCUUCAGGAUUAAUGGAGUUGUUCACCAUAAAAUUGGUUCACUGGUGCCCCCUGCAGGCCAGCGCCCUCAAUUUGCUCAGCUGUACAUAUAUGAUACUUCCAAUGAGCUACAGAAUCGUUUAAAUAUUUCUGAAUAUGGUGGGCCUGCUCGUGACCAACCUGAUCCAUCCAUUGUCCAAAACCUUAUCCAUAUGCUUGGCCAAUAUAAUCCUUUGGUCAAGAAAUUCAGAAUGGCACGUGAUCGUAUCUUUUCUCCGGAGUCUCCAGAUGUACAUAUCCGUCUCCUUGGCACUUCUAAUGAGCAUGGCAAUCGUGAUUCCAUACCAACUGUUCCGGAACUAGCUGCUCUCAUUGUUGCUGAUCUAACUAUAGAAGCAUGUGACUUUGAUGUUGUUGUGCACACACACCCGGGCGCCCUGCAGCAAGUUAACCUUUUGAAUCCAGCACUCAUGUCCUUGCAAUAUCCGCUUUUGUUCCCGUUUGGUGAAAGGAGCUUCCAUCUAGGUAUCAAGUAUUGUCAUCUUGAUGGAGCAACUCCUGGUGGCCGUGAAAAUGUUACAAUGAAGGAAUUCUACUGCUAUCAGGUCCAUUACCGUCAAGGAGAACCUAAUCCAUACACAUGUUGUGGGUGCCUCUCUGACCAAGCAAUUGUCAAUUGUUAUUCAUGCAUCGAAGCUAGCAAGUUGCAAUUCUUUUACUUCAAUCAGGACCUUUUGCAAUCUGAGACAUAUCAAGGAAUUACCAAUGCUUUAGGACAGGGCUGUUCAAAUGGGAAGAAUAUAGGCCUCAAGUGGAUGCUUCCGUCCAGCCAUGUGGGCAGUCCACGAUACCUAGCUAUGAACUAUCAAGAUGCAAUGGCUGUUUGUCGACACUAUGGAUCUCCUGAUAUUUUUACCACUUUCACAUGCAAUCCCAAAUGGCCGGAGAUUGCUCAGGGUCUCAAAUAUGAACCAGGUCAGCAACACACAGAUCGUUCAGAUGUGAUUUCACGCGUAUUCCAUAUGAAGCUAGAUGAGUAUAUUUCUGAUAUACGAGAUGGUACAGCCUUUGGACCUAUUCGCGCAUGUAAUGUUCUAUCCUCUCUUUGUACAUGCUCCUUAUCAUUUGCAUUCUCCCUGCUUAUUCCAGAAUUCCUCACCUUGCUUUCUUCAUGUACAGAUAUGUACACUAUUGAAUUCCAGAAAAGAGGGUUGCCGCAUGUUCACAUACUUGUGUGGCUAGCUGGCCAUUCUUCAGAUCCAUCCCCGGCUUUCAUUGAUACUCUAAUAUCUGCUGAGCUUCCAGAUCCCCACUCUGAUCCCCUUGGCUAUGGGCUGGUCCAGGAAUUCAUGGUGCAUGGCCCAUGUGGUCCUAUGAACCUUCAUUGCUCAUGUAUGAAAGAGGGUGCCUCUUCUAAGAGGUUCCCCAAAUCUUUCAAUGCUGAAACUUCUAUUGAUGAAGCUGGCUUUCCUCAAUACCGCCGCAGAGAAAAUGGAUUAACUGUUAAUAAAGGACGGUAUGAUCUUGAUAACAGAUGGGUUGUGCCGUACAAUAUGGCCAUCUUGAAGAAAUACCAGGCCCAUAUCAAUGUUGAAUGGUGCAACAAAACUAAUUUGGUCAAGUACCUCUUCAAAUAUGUGACCAAAGGCCAUGACAAAGCUACGUUUGCUUUUGUUGAUACUCCUGCAGAUGCUACAACUGACUUUGAAGGGAGAGAUGAAAUUUUCUGA